UUCAGGUUUUUUACUCUUGAUUUUCAAAAAACAAUAACAAAUGUAUUAUGAUUGAGAUCAUGAACUGAUUGAUGUUAGACCAUCAAUUGAAACCAGGGAGCACCGGGCGACCGUUUUAUCCUAUCGUGGGACUCCUCAGCAGUUCGUAUCCACAAAACCCGCUCGCGGGAUUCGAACCCAGGGCCUUCAGUCUAGCACACGAACGCUUAACCUCUAGACCACUGAACCAGCAUCCAACGGUCUUAAUGUCUAACCUCAACCAAUCCACAAAUGUAUUAUGUAACCUAUUUUCACUAUACUAACCAUCUCAAAUGUUCAAGAUGAACUAUUUAUUUUCUCUUGCAUCACAUAUUAGUCCCCGUAAAACAACUUAGAAUCAUUGUUCAUGGUAAAAAAAAAACCUGUUAUUAUGAUGAAUCAGUAUCAGCUGUAGACGUCAGUGAAACCAGAAAACAUUAGAGAUUCUCAACACCGUUAUUUACUUGUACUCAGAUGUAUACACUCAAGGUCCCUCACAGUAUCAUCAAAUUUCAUAAUUUAAUAUUUUUUACAACAGUUUAUCUAGACGAUUCAGUACUAAGACGAUAUAAUGUCAUUUGUUCAUGGCUGUGCUACACCUAGUUUAGUUGAUCGUGAAUUACCGAACCUCUUAUUCAGUGUUGCUUAAAAGUUUCGAAUUCUAAAUGCUUGUAGUCGUCUUGUCCUGAACGACAAUUUAAAAACAACUAUAAACCAAGACUUUAUUUGUUAUAAAUUAAGUCACUCCACAUAUAUAGUUGCCACUGAUUGACUGACUUAAUCGAGGUCAUUCCUUCCUACUGACAACGUAUUUAAGGUACUUAAUUCAUUAGUUAGUUCCUUAUCACACACAUACAGGAGCACAUUUUUCAAAAUCUUUUAUGGCUAUACCAAGGUAGUUUAAUCUUAAAUAAACCUGAUCAAAUGUUUUGUAAUAUUUUGAUCUAUAAAAAGACAAUAAAAAUUCAUUUAAUAUGGACGAAUAAUUUAUUUGUUUUAUCUUUUUCAAGUUUACUUAAGUAUGAUUGGUUACUUGAUGAUAAGAUGACAGUUCGGAAAUAACCAAUAAUACGGUUGCUAAAGUUUCCAUAUUAUCCUAAAACAUAUGGAAUAAAAUUAAUUUUUAAAAAAAGAUAUAGGAAAUGGUAUCUAUGGUCUUUAAAUCAAAUUAACAUCUUCUAUAAAUCCAAUUUAUGCAUUCUAUUAUAUUAUGACUUAUAAUCCUAUACAUAUUCAUCUUACAUAGCAACUUAUUCAAAAUAGAUUAGAGUUGUUAUGACUUUAACAACUUUAUUAGCUGGAUAUAAAAUUCAUAGUUUAAAUUUUCAGCCUAAUAAAGAUAUAAUAUCAUAUGUGACAAUUUUAUUGUUACUAUGCUGUCAUGCAAAUACUGAUAACCCUAUAAAUACAACUAAUAAUGAACAUCAAGAAAAAACUUUAUUGAACUUAACAUUAUUACUUAAUGAUAGUGAUCAAUUAAAUAAUAAAAGGUUUAAUGAUUGUUCAAUUUCCUUAACAGAAUUUAUUAUUUAUUUUUAUAUUCAACCUAUAAUUUGUUUUAUUGGAUUUAUAUUGAAUAUAUUGAAUGUGAUUAUAUUUUGUAGACCACAAUUUUCAGGAGCUGCUUAUGCUUAUAUGAUUGCAAUGUCAUUAGCUGAUGCAAUUACAUUAAUUAGUUAUAUGCCAUCUGGUUUGGUUAGAUGCUUUUUAACUCAUCAGAUGUAGCCUCUCUUUUAUUUUCAUAAUUGAUACUCAAAAAACAGUAAAAACUAGUGACCAAUAACUUUGAACUUUAAAGAGCUUAUUACAAAGUGAUAGUUUAUUUUGAAAUGAUUUUACUAGGCCGGAGCCAUAUGAUUUAUGUUUAAAAUUUUGGAUCGAAUAUGAAAUAGCGCGUCCCUGAUCGUUUGUCAUAUUUUAUUAACCGUUUCACUAUUUAGAUCUCUGCUGUCCACUAGAACUUUGAUGAACUUUUCUUAAAACUGAAUAAUACUGAAUAUGUAAUUGACCUCUAACUUUGUAUGAAUAGUAUAGACCCUACCGUUUAAACUAGAAAUCCUGUUCUUUAUUCUAAUUGCGGCUAUGGCUUCAUACAGUUUUAAAAUAAUACGAGUUUUCUUACUAGUGGUUCUUGAUUCCCGAUGAUCCUAACAGCUGAGCUCAAUUCAGUGAUAAAACUUGUCUUGAUUGAUUCAUAUUGAGUUCAAGAUGUUGAUAUAAAAAUAUUGAGUGUUAUGAAGUUAAUAGACUUAAAAUACCUAACUUCAAAUAAACUUCGGCACACAAAUAAGAAUAUUAUUAAAUCUUUAGACUUAAUGCUUGUGUUUGUUAAAAUCCAUCAAAUAAGUAUUAUUUAGCCUAUGAAAGUUUAAUACACUAUAUCUGUCAGAUUACUUGUUUAAAAACUUCCAUAUGAGUAGACCUUUCUAUUGAUUUCAUGGUAGUACUUGUUCAUUUUUCCAAAUUAUUUGCCUUCAGUAAUUGUGGUAGACCAACAGGAAGUAAUAUUUUUUCCAGAAUUUGACUACAUCAUUAUGAAGGGUAUUUUAUCAAGGAUGUUAUUAGUUUUAAUGUCAUAAUGUAAGAUUAAUAAUGAAAACGAUAAUAGCAACAAUAAAUACUCUCUUCAACGCUGUACACUUGUAUAUAAAAUGUUAUGUAGCGAAAUUCUCUAUUGAAAUUUCUCAUCUUACAUACAUUUGAUCCAUAAACCCCAAUCUAAUCAUCCAUCAUUUAUUCGGUGAAAAGAUAAAAAAGAAAGUAUACCAGCCAUUGUCAUAAUUCAAUUUCAAUUCCAAAGUGUUUAUUAUCUAUUUGUUUUCUGAGCUUUAUAUUAAACUCACAAGCUGAAAUCAUGUUAUUAGCAUAUAAGAAUAGUUGAUUGAAGCAAAUUUAAAAUAUUAGAUGUAACAUUUACCCAGGUACAAAAUAAAACAUUCAAAUAUAUGAACAAAAUAUUUUACUUCACUUUUCUAUCCCUAGGAAUUCUGCUUAUGUUCUUCUAGUUUUCCUUUACAUUCUCAAUAUGUGACCUUGAA